UGAGGUUGCCCAGCCUACCUCAACGCCUCCAAAGGAACGCCUGGCAUAGAUUGCUACCAGAGAACCGAUUAUAAAGUUUGGAACGUGCAACGUGGAAGGAUUCCAACAUGGCAAAAGUUCUUGUGACACGUCGAGUGCCUGCCGAAGCCAUUCAACUGCUCAAAGAUGCAAACUGUGAAUUAGAUUACUGGGAGAAGGAUGAGCCAAUUCCUAGAGAUGAAUUACUCAAUAAAGUCAAAGGCAAAGAUGCAAUUUUCUGUUUGCUGACAGAGAAGAUUGAUGGCGARCUUCUUGAUGCAGCAGGCCCUCAACUAAAGGUUGUAGCAACUAUGUCUGUGGGCUAUGAUCAUGUUGACACAAAAGAGAUUGCAAAAAGAAACUUAUGUCUUGGAUUCACRCCAGGAGUCCUUACAGAUGCCACCGCAACACUCAAUGUGGCUCUKCURCUUGCUGUAUCAAGAAGAAUYGUCGAGGCUGCUGCAGAGGCUAAAAAUGGUGGCUGGGGAACCUGGAAGCCAAUGUGGAUGACAGGACCRACMCUCAAGGGYAGCACAGUUGGAGUUGUUGGAUUGGGAAGAAUUGGUGUUGCUGUUUGCCAGAGACUUGCUCCAUUUGGGGUUGCAAAGUUUUUGUACAAYGAUAUUGCACCAAGGGAUGACAUUGCUAAAAUGGUCGAUGCUGUUUUUGCUGACAAAGACACUCUCUUCCGUGAGUCGGAUUUUGUUGUCUCCUGCACCCUAUUAACUGAUGAAACAAGAGGCAUGUUCAACAAAGAUGCCUUUUCAAAGAUGAAAAAGAAUGCAGUCUUUGUCAAUGCAAGUCGUGGUGGAGUAGUUAACCAAGAUGAUCUUUAUCAAGCUUUGAAGAAUGGUGAAAUUAGAGGUGCCGGUCUUGAUGUUACAGUCCCGGAACCAAUUCCUUUAGAUCAUCCUCUUCUAACAUUGAAGAAUUGUGUUGUCCUUCCACACAUUGGUAGUGCAGAAGAACAAACAAGAACAGACAUGGCCACAUUAACAUCUAGAAACAUCCUUGCUGGUUUGAAGGGAGAUAAACUACCAGCAGCAGCCCAAUUGUGAUAGUUAGAUUCAGUUAUUAAAUCAUUUCUACUCAACAGGGAUUUUCAGGUAGAUAGCUAGGUAAAGACAAUAAACUAAUCUAAAAAAUGGAAGGCAUGCACCCCAGCCCAUCCCCUGUAAAAUAACAAUCUAUGUACCCCUGGGCCAGGUUGUUCAAAGAUUGAUUAGCAUUAAUCCUGGGUUAACUCUUAGAAAAUCUAUGGAGUUACGGUAACCCAGGAUUAAUGCUAAUUGGCCUUUGGACAACCCCACCCUGAAGUAGUAAAUAUUCCGCCAGUUUGUAAGGUUUGUAUGGGAUGGUUCGGGAGAUUAAAGCAGUCAGAUAAAUUUGGUAGUGUAUGCUGUUAGGRUAAAUAAAUGUGUUUUCAUUAAUAAUAAAGGAAGUGUAAAAACAA